UCAUCAUCAUCUUACAACUGAUACAAAAGCCAGAGCCAAUUAGUACAGAAAGAAAGAUAGCUAGAAAGGUGGCAUUUCUUGGGCAACUAACGUAUCUUCCUCAAAGUCAUCAUCUACCUUUUCCAUCUUCUUAACUUCUCUCUCUCUUUCUCUCUCACCUGCAAGUCUGCUUUCAUAUUCUAUCUAUCUCUCCUCCACCUUAAAGUCCCCCUAACUUUCUCUUCCCCCUUUCUGUGUGUACUCACUCAUCAGUCACUUGGGGGAUAUCAAACACCAAAGUGUUUGAUCAUUAGCUAGCCUCCCAUAUCCUCCUCCUCCUUUCUGCCUCCUGCCUUUUCACUUACCUCUCAAAACCCCAAACAAAACAAUCUUGUGAUUUCUUUCCCUCUUCCUUAUUUUUUAACUUACCAUUUUGACAUUCUUUCAUUGAAAGGGUAAGAGUUAGGAAAAAGGGUAGUUAGCUAAUUCUGUUUAAGUUUCCCUUUCUCUCCAACUGUCUGUAUCUAGAUAGCUCUUCUAAUUAAGCAAAUUAAGAGCAAUAAGCUAGGUAGGGAAGAGAACGUCUGGUGGCCGAUGGCUGCACCGCCAAGCAGCAGCAGGCUCCGCAGCAUGUUGCAGGCGUCAGUCCAAUCUGUCCAAUGGACUUACAGUCUCUUCUGGCAAAUCUGUCCACAACAAGGGAUCUUAGUAUGGUCAGAUGGGUACUACAAUGGAGCCAUCAAGACGAGGAAGACGGUGCAACCCAUGGAAGUCAGUGCAGAAGAGGCCUCUCUUCAGCGGAGCCAGCAGCUUAGAGAGCUGUAUGACUCAUUGUCUGCCGGAGAAACUAACCAGCCCCCGGCACGCCGCCCUUGCGCCUCCUUAUCCCCUGAGGACUUAACUGAAUCCGAAUGGUUCUACUUGAUGUGUGUCUCCUUCUCUUUCCACCCCGGGGUGGGGUAAGUAAUAUUCUUAUCUUGCACAGAUUUCCAUGUUAUCUUCAUUGCCUCCUCUUCAAUUUUAUUAAUUCAAUGUCAAAUAUUGCUUUUUGUGGUGUAA